GGAACACGAGGUGUUGUUUCCAUUUAUGGUUUGACGUUACGGUAUAGCAGACGGAUGGGUUGAUAGUGUGCCACACCUGUUUCUGUGGUUCAAUUUCUGUUUCUUUUCAAUUUGAUUUCAUGCUUUCAGUUGGAAUUGUAUGGUUUUAAUACUUAUGUUAUAAUUGUGUAGUUCAAUAUUUUUCAAGAAUCAUGUCGGUUUUUCACACUAAGACAAUAGAGAACAUUCUUGAACCAGUGGCCCAACAAGUAAGCCGAUUAGUUAUUCUUCAUGAAGAAGCUGAAGAUGGAAAUGCUAUGCCAGAUUUAUCUCGACCAGUUCAAGCUGUCAGCAAAGCUGUUGCCAACUUAGUGAAGGUUGGUCGAGAAACAGUGAACAGCAGUGAUGAUCCAAUAUUUCGACAAGACAUGCCCACUGCAUUACACAGAGUGGAAAAAGCUUCAAAACUUCUUGAAGAAGCCUCACUGAUGCUUGGACGUGAUCCUUAUUCACAACCAGCUAGAAAAAAACUUAUUGAGGGUGCCAAAGGUAUUUUGCAAGAUACAUAUGCUUUAUUGUUAUCCUUUGAUGAGUCAGAAGUGAGAAAAAUUAUAAGAGAAUGUAAGAAAGUCUUAGAUUAUUUAGCUGUUGCUGAAGUCAUUGAAAGUAUGGAAGACUUAGUGCAGUUUGUGAAAGACCUUAGUCCGUGCUUAACAAAAGUUUCUCGUGAAGUUGAUGCAAGAGAGAAAGAGCUUAUUCAUCAAGCACACAGAGAUAUUCUUAUUCGAUGCCUUGAAUCUGUGAAAUCUUUAGCUCCUAUCUUAAUUUGUAGUAUGAAAAUAUUUGUACAGAUCUUGAAUCAAAAUGGUAAAGGAGUUGAUGAAGCUGCUGCAAAUAGAAAUUAUCUUGCUCAAAGAAUGACUGACGAGAUAAAUGAAAUAAUUAGAGUAUUGCAACUUACCAACUACGAUGAGGAUGAAUGGGAUGCUGAUACCUUGACUGUUAUGAAAAAAGCCCAGAAUGCUAUUGAUGGGAAAUUAGCUGCUGCUCAUGACUGGUUGGAAGACCCAACAACUGUUGUUGGAGGUGUUGGUGAAAAAUCAUUACGAUAUAUAUUGGAUUAUGCAAUGCGAGUUGCUGAAAGAUGCCUACCUCCUGAUAAUGCAGCAAUUAAGAAAAUGUGUGGCGAUAUAACAUCUAUGACAAAUGCCCUCUGUGAACUCAGAGAGGAAGGAAAGGGUACAACACCUCAAGCAGAAGCUUUAUCUAGAGGAAUUAGUCAAAAGCUGAGAGAAUUAAUAGGAUUAGUUAGUCAAGGAAUAUCUAAUGUUGAAAGAAGUAGUGUUCAACAGCCUGCUCAUACUCUUCGAGGGCGAAUGGAGCAAGCUCGAGCUUGGUUAACAAAUCCAUCAUUUAAUGAUAAUGGUUUAGGUCAUCAAGCUAUACAACUUAUUGUUGAGGAUGGAAGAAAGAUUGUCAAUAGUUGCCCUCCCUCUGAGCAAAUGACAGUACAAAAAUUAUGUUCAGAAACAGAAAAUUUGUCUCGUCAACUUGCAGAAUUGUGCCGUCAUGGUCAAGGCAAUAGUUAUCAAGCUAUAACAAUAGCUCAGGCUAUAUCAGGAAAAUUGCAAGAACUGAAAAAUAAGAUUCAAGAGACAAUUGUGGGCAAGGUUGUUAAGGACUUCAUUGAUAUUACAACUCCACUCAAGCAAUUCACAGAUGCUGUGCUAUCUUCAGAGGGGACACCAAAUCGUGAAAUUAAUUUCAAUGAAAAAGCUCAAGCACUGAGCAAUUUUUCUCAAAGGGUUGCUCGUACAGCUCGAAGUGUGGCUACUGGUGGUUCUGCAAACAAAAAACUUGCGGAAAUGUUGCUUAAUUCUGCUAAUCAGGUUGAAAGUUUAACACCUCAUCUAAUCAAUGCUGGUCGAAUAAGAAUGUCCUACCCUGACAAUAAGGCUGCUGAUGAGCAUUUUGAAAAUCUCCGAGAGCAGUACGCCGAUAGUGUGCAGAAGAUGCGAGCUCUUGCAGAUGAAGCAACAGACACUGUCAGCUUCAUAAAAAUGUCUGAGGAUAAUAUUUUAAUGCACACCAAGGCUUGCGAAGAUGCAAUCGCCAUUCAUGCUCCUGAUAAAAUGGUUGAAAAUACUUCAACAAUUGCUCGAUUGGCCAAUAGAGUACUGAUGGUUGCUAAGCAAGAAUCGGAUAAUUCUGAAGAUCCUUUUUUUGUUGAGAGAGUCAAUCAGUCUGCCGACUUGCUGCAAUCAACUAUAACUCCUAUGGUGCAAGAUGCCAAAAUGGUUGCUCUUAAUAUAAAUGAUCCUAAAGCAGUUUCUUGUUGGAGAACCAGUAAUAAAGCUCUGACUACUGCUGUUGGCCAAGUACUCUAUGCUGUAAUGGUUACUCCCGAGGUUCCUCCAGAUAUUCCACCUCCACCAGAUAUGAGCAUGUUAAACCUUAAUGAAAAGCAUCUUUCGAAAGAAGUGAAUGUUCCUGAUUUUGGGCAAAUAUUUAAAGUUGAGGCUAAUUUUUCAACAAGUGGCCCACCACCUUUAUCUUACAAGAAAGAUGAAGCUCCUCCACGCCCACCUUUGCCCAAUUCAGAAGAUAACCCUCCUCCUCGUCCUCCUCCACCAGAGACUGAUGAUGAAUUUGAAGCUCAUUUCCCUAUAAUACAGCCUAAUCAACCCAUUAUGGUUGCUGCUCAUGGCCUUCAUCAAGAAGUUAGGCAAUGGUCCAGUAAGGAUAACGAAAUUAUUGCUGCUGCUAAAAAGAUGGCAUUAUUGAUGGCCAAGUUGAGUCAACUUGUUAGAGGUGAUGGUGGUUCUAAAAGAGAUUUAAUUGCCUGUGCAAAAGACAUUGCAGAGGCUUCUAAGGAAGUUACUCGUCUGGCUAAAGAGUUAGCUAGAAUGUGCACAGAUAAAAGAAUGAGAACCAAUAUUCUACAAGUAUGUGAACGUAUUCCAACCAUUGGUACUCAGCUUCGAAUUUUAUCCACUGUCAAAGCAACUAUGUUAGCAGGACAAGGUAGGACUGAUGAAGAUUUAGAGGCUACAGAAAUGCUGGUUGGAAAUGCCCAAAACUUGAUGCAGUCUGUAAAAGAAACUGUACGAGCAUGUGAGGCAGCUUCUAUUAAAAUCCGCACUGAUUCUGGAAUACGAGUGCGCUGGAUAAGAAAGCAACCGUGGUAUCAGUAUUAAUUAAAAAAACAGGUCGUACUAUUACAUAAAAAAAUUGCAUUAUAACAUUGUUUUAUUUUCAAAUAUUUUGCUUUACAUCCCACUUUUUAUGUCUGAUUCAAUUUAAAUCCCUUUUUCAGCUUUAUUUCUCUCUUAAAUAAUUGUCCGUCCAUAAAGUUUUUAGGUCUCUUCUAGGUUUAAAAUUUACUUUAAAAAUUGUGCAAUGAUUUAUUAUAUGUGACAUAGGUUGUGCAUUAUAUUGAAUUAAUUUGUGAUACAUUAACUUUGUUUAUUAGAUUAUUUUGUAAUUUUUAUUGAACUAACCGUUUUAGUGAGACCACAUAACAGUUUGUUUUAAAUUUUAAAAUUGGCAUAUUUAAUUUGAACCUUCUGUUUUAUUUUUUUACUUCAGAAGCACAUAUAUGGAUUUGAAGUAUGUCUUCUUAUUUCAGUAAUUUUCAGACCUUAUUUUGUUUUAUUACUUUAACUAAUUUAUAAUUUUUUUUCUCAGUAAUUGAAGGGAUUUAUAUACUUUAAUAUCAAUGUUGGAUUAUUGCUACUUGAUCAGUUUUAUUUAAAAAUAUGUUUGAGUCUAUUGCGCAACAUUUUUUAUGUUCUUAAAUUUUUGACUGUAGUUGCAGACAUUGAGUUGAAUCUGUUUAUGUACAUGAGUUCAGGAAACUUAAUCAAAUAAUAUAAAUUUAAUUGAGUAUUUUAAGGUUUAUUAGUUUAUAGCACGUUCUUUUUUAGUAAGUACUUAGAGCUGAACAGCUAUAUUAUACGUGAGACUAGCUUCAUGUUGUUGUUCUUAAUAUAAUUUAUGUUUGUUGGGCAUUUUAAUGCGAAUUUUUUCGUUCGUGAAAAUAAUGAUCUUCAAUUUCAUUGUGAAUGUUUUCAGACGAGAGAUUUAAAAAAAAAAAAAAAUCUUCUCAUUUUAAUGCUUGUUAUCUAUUCUAAAAAUGUUAUAUUUUGGAAGUAUGUUGUGAAGCUUUGAAGUGCCUAAUGUAUUCAUGUUUGCUAUAAAAUUUAUUUAGGAAAAUGGUAGUGUUGAAAAGCGUUCAGCAGUGUUCAGCAAGAGCUAUGUACUGUUUGUUUUGAUGUCAAUGUUUAGAUUUUUUUUAUAUAUAUAUACUUAUAGAUUAUUCCUUUUUUUUUUUUUUUUUCACUUUUACUUUGAAGCUAAAAUUAAAUUUCUUUGUUCUCUGUCUACAUUUGACAGCAAGUUUUGCCGUGUUAUAUGUACUGGUAUUCAAUACAUUAUAAGCAUACGUUAUAGAGCUUCUAUUAAUGUAACACACUGUUAAUGUUUGCAAGCACAUGGGCGUGAUGUCUUGAUAACUUUAAGUUUUGAUGCUACAAUUUUAGACCCCAGUGUCGUAAGAAUUUGAGAAGUUUUUCACUGUGAAGGCUAUAGUUCCGCAAAAUGCAUUAUUUUUUUAUUCUAGCACAUAAAUUAAAAAUUUCAAUUCCAUUAUAUACCUAUGUAAGUUUAAUAAUAUAUGUUUUUAUUUCUGCAAGUGUAAUUACAUUUUUUCUUUAUUUUUUCCGAUAAUAAGUUAAGAAAAUUGUUUUCAGUUAUAUGAACUGAUAUAAUUAUAAAUAAAUUUUAAACUUGUUUUAAUAUUAACUUUUGUAACACUUUAAACUUUUCAUUGCAAUUUCUGUUUUAUUAAAGCAUUUUAUAUGGAAUUAAUUUACCAUCAGUGCCAAAAAAUGUUUUUCAUUGUUUAAGUGUGGUGAUUUACUUUCGCGAUAGUACAUUCAGCACUUAUGAAAUCUUUUGCCCAUUUCUUGUCAAGAAGUUUUUGUAUAAACUCUAUUGUGUACUUUAAAGAUUUUCAUAUUAAAUAAGUGUUAUAUUUAAAUAAGAAAUCCGAAACAUGUUGAUUUUUUUCAUUCAACUUUUUAUCAUGUUAAACUUCAAAAUAAAUGUAUUAUAUAAGCAGUAAUAAUGAUGUAUGAAUGUUAAAUAGAUAUGUAACUAAAAACUUGCUAUGCUUAAAUAAUUGCUCUCAUUUCAAAUUUUAUUUUUUAUUUACUUCUUCAAAAAUGGAAAUAUGUUUAAAAUCUUAGAAUUAAAUAAUUUUUAUCAUUACAUCAAGCUUAAACAUAUGCAUUAUAUUGUGGUAUAUUGUUACCCAGCCAUUUCUUUUUCUUGAGAAAAUGAAAUUUUGAAUCUCAUUAUUUUUGUCACUUUAUUAAGCUAAGCAUUUAUGUUAUUUAUAAAAUAUUUUGUUCAUUUUUUUUAAAAUUGUAAUUGAUAUACUUGUAUGUUUUCUUGAUACAUAUAAAAUUUUCUCCUUGAAUUUGUUUUUUAGUCAUCUAUAUUCAUAAAGAAAUUCCACAAAUUUUUUCAAGUCUUUCCACAACAAAUAAAAUAGAUCCUGUAUAUAAUGUAGGUUUUUCUUUUUUGGAUGUUAUAAUUGUAACUUUGUUGUGCAUUAAAAAGUUUAAAUGAGUCUAGGCAAUAUUUUUAUUGUGAUAAUUGAACUUUAAAAUUUUCUGAACUUCUGAUAUGUCGAUGUCUUUUUACUUCCAAAAUUUGUUCGAGAAAAUAUCAGAAUCUGGAAAGUAAUGGAAAUUCAGAAAAAGUGCAGAUUCAAAACUCCUGCCUGAAGGAAAGAAAUUUUUUCCAUGAAACAAAGCGCAUCGAUUUGCAAUUUUUAGAAAAAGCCUUUGAUUUCUUUUAUAUAUAAAUAAGGAAAUGUUAUAAAAGUUUAUGUAUAAGAUGUUUGAGUUUUAAAUAUAUUUACAGAACAAAUUCUAAUAUAUUGUUUGUCAUUAAAUUUGUAUAUUACUAUUUUACUGCUUUACUUUAUCAUCUGAUAUUGUUCAAAAAUAUAGUUAAUGUGUUGACAUAAAUUAAUUUAUUUUUCUAUAAUUGGAUAUAAGUGCAAUUUAUAUAUUGUAUAUUUGUAAAAACUAUUCAAAGAUAUAAGUAUGUUAUGAAAACUUUUGAGAAUGUUAAAGAGUUUAUUAAUGCCUUAAAAUAUGAUGGACUCUCAUUUGUUGUUCCUAUUUUCAUGGAGACUUAAUGUUAAUAGUUAAGUAAAUGGCGGGUUUAAUAAUUUCCUUGAGCAAUAGAGUAAACUUAAGAAGAAAUGUAUUCAAAAUUGUUUUUAUCAAUCAUGUUAACUUGCUGUUAGAAUGUUCGAUUAUGCCUCCAAUAAGGAAAAAUAUAUAUUGCUUGUUUUAAACUUUGUGCAUGUCUGUUAUUGGAAUCAGUGGUAUAAAAAUUAUUGUUUAUAUUUAAAAUUGUUGAAAAAAUGUCUUGUUUCUCUUAUAAUAAAGCUUGAAAAAAAACCCCGUUUAUU